AUGCCAAGUUCUUACCUCUAUGCCAUUAAUAAUGAGGGUCGUGUCUUUGGACUAUCCACAUCUGGUACUAUGUGGCGUGAGUUUAUGUACCUGGGAUUGGAAUUUAAACAACUUUCUGCAGUGCCACACUUUAUGUGGGCAAUUGGUGGCGAUCGGCAAGUUUAUGUACAUGUUCAUGGUCUAGACAUUCCAAUUCGCAUAAAGGAAGAAACUUAUGAAAACGAAAGAUGGUUGCCUUUAGAAGGUUUUAGUGGAAGAUUGUUACCAACAGAUAGAUAUAAUUUUUCAAAUCAAGAUGGAAGUGUUGACCGUAGUCGUGAUAAAGUCAAAUUACCUUCCAUGGCAUGGCAAUGGGAAGGUGACUGGCAUAUCGAAACAACAUUAGAUGGACAACCAUUGGAUCAUGAUGGUUGGACCUACGCCGUCGAUUUUCCUGCAACCUAUACGACCAAGAAACAAUGGAAAUCUUGCGUACGGAGACGCAAGUGGGUUCGUUACAGAAGAUACAGUGCAAUGAACUCUUGGUGUGCAAUUGCACCACUUCAUAAGGAUCCUACUAAAGAACCAUUUAUAGAUGUUGCCGUAGGCGGUAAUCAAAUUCCUGGAGGCAAUCCCGGUGGACUCGUAGUUUGGGCAGUGACGGCGCAUGGCAGAAUAAUGUUCAGAGUUGGAGUUAGCACAACGUCUCCCGAGGGUCAACGCUGGAGUGCAAUUAAGCUUGCAACAGGGUACGAAGUAUGUCAAGUGAGUGUAGGAUUAGCUGGCCUGGUCUGGGCUGUUCUUUUAAACGGAAAGGCUGUAGUACGAACAGGUGUAACCAGAGAAAAUCCAAUGGGUGAUGAAUGGGCUGAAGUAGAACCGCCUCAGAAAGAUCUUCGAUUGGUCCAGGUGAGUGUCGGUAUGGAUGCUGUGUGGGCCGUUACUAAUGAAGGUAGCGUAUGGUUCCGGAAAGGAAUUAAGGGCGAGAUGAGUGGCGUUUGUGAGCAACUGGCUACUGGAACUGGAUGGGUAGAAAUGCUAAGUAAAAUGGCUCUAGUCUCAGUAGCACCAAAUGAUCAAGUCUGGGCCAUUGGUCACGAUGAUCGUUGUCUCUACUAUCGAACCGGUAUCACACGUUCUGAAUUAACUGGAAAGAAAUGGCGUCUUAUCAAUGCACCGUUACAAUUGAGUCGUGCCAGCAGUAAUGCCAGUCUCUCUUCUAGUAAUCGGCAUAGCAUGUGCGGCACGCCACAGCAACAGCGGCACCAGAGCUGGGGUUCCCUUAAUCGACCACAUAGCACCAGUGAAGGCACAGCCCUGAUCAGGGACUGGGAUGAACAGUCGAGAUCUGCUCCCACACCGACAUCCUUGAAGUUAUGGCAACGUUCUACUGAUGGUACCGUUCCCAAUAAUCAACAGCAAACAUCAUUCCAGGAAUCUUACCUGAAUGAAGCCAAGAAACGGUCUGCAAAUUCGAUGGACAUGGGUGAUCUUACGGCAGCAAGCGUAGCCAAUAUAACAAUUUCCAAUGAAUCCCUAGCUAAAAGUGGUGAAUCAAUAGUAGUGCCUGGUAAAGGAAUGAGCAGUACUGUCAAAGUGAAUCCAGCUGCCUGGAGUCCAGUUCAUUCAGUUGGUUCAAUGGUUGGCGUCGAAGCUCAUCCUGAAACUGAUGGUAGUAUUUUCGAUCCUGAUCUCACUGGUGAUUCUGGAGUCUACGGAGAGGAUGAAACCACUGCUGCUAUGUAUUGGGCUGAGUGCGAUGUUCUUUGGUGCAAGGUCGAAGCUGGUGCUUGCUUUGUGGAUAUUACUUCACCACCUAAAUGGAUUGCUGAUGGUAAUGGUGCAGUUUAUGGAGAACUGGCAGAACCCUGGAGGAUACGAAUUCUGGAUGAACUCAAAAGCAGAUUAAAGGACCUUGACUUUGAUUUAUCCAAAUACGAAAAGGCCAUUGAAAAAUCAUCCUGGGUAAAAAAUGGUGAUGCACGAUGCAAACUUAAGGGCAGCAUUAAUUAUGAAGACUGUAUAGUUGAAUUGGAAUGGAUUGGUAGUGAUAGUGGCUCAUUGGAUUCUGGUACAUUGACUAUUCUCAAUUCAGAUGGCGCUACCACUAAGAUGCAGUUUCCUAUUUCGGAGAUCGUCUGCGUAGUAUGCUGCAGUGAACCAGGUAGCCCUAGGCUGGCAAUCCACACACCACGUCUUUCCCGCUGUAAAGUUGUGCGACUCCAAUUUGCUAGUGAUACUGAAAUGGAAGAUUGGAUGGCCAAUCUUACGUCAGUUACAUGCCAGAUGAACAAUGUGUACGGAAAACCAGGACCUAAUGCCAUCUGGACAACAACUGCUCUAGGCGAUGUUUUCGUUUAUGAUCCAGCGAUAGCUGAGGCAAAUCAAUUCUUUGAUGGAGUGUACACUCAGGAACUAGAUGUUGCUGGUAAAAUUCUACCAUUCGAGAGUAUACUCCAGAAUGGGUUUGGUCCAGGCAGUGCUCUUCAUGCAUCCAUGUGUGUCCACGACGAUGCUGAUAGAAUUACGUUUAACCUAGUCUGCUACACUACAACAACCCCAAAGCAAAGGAACGUACCAGAAAAUCACGACGUAGCCUUGCACUUCAAUCCACGAUUAAAAGAUGAUGUCAUUGUCAGGAACACCUACGAGAAUGGACAAUGGGGCGAUGAAGAACGGGCAGGUGGCAGUCCCAUAAAGGCAGGCUCCGAUGUCAAUUUGAAAAUCAUUUGUGAGACUCAGGGCUACAGGAUAUUCAUAAAUGACAGUGAAUUCACUUUCUACUGCCACAGGAUACCCCCUCAGAACAUCACACAUUUAAAGAUCAAAGGCCUUAUCACGCUCAGCAAUGUUCUAUAUAAAUCAAGAUCGGUAAUCAUUGAACCGAUAACAAUGUUUUGGCGACAGAUGGGUGGACAUCUUAAAAGAGUUGAGACAUGUAGUUCCGGUAUAACUUGGGGCAUAGGUUAUGAUAAUACAGCCUGGGUCUAUACUGGCGGUUGGGGAGGUUCUUUCCUCAAAGCUCUAGCAAUUAACAAUGGGGGUAUUAACACAAUGGUGGAUACGCACAAUUAUUUUGUCUAUGAAAAUCAACGUUGGAAUCCUGUGACCGGUUAUACGUCUCAUGGUUUACCCACGGAUCGUUAUAUGUGGAGCGAUGCUACUGGUCGGCAUAAGAGAACGCGAGAACACACGAAACUUCUGUCAAUGCAUUGGCACUGGGUUUCUGACUGGAUCAUAGACUUUCAUACACCUGGAGGUGUUGAUCGUGAUGGCUGGCAAUACGCUACGGACUUUCCAUCGCAAUAUCACGGAAGAAAACAAUUUACGGAUUAUGUAAGGCGACGAAGAUGGUUCAGACGAUGUGAAUUAACUACUAGUGGCCCGUGGCAAGAACUUGGGAAUACCAAACUCGUCGAUGUUUCUCUAUAUGCAACUGGAGAUCCAGGAAGCGACGCUCCCAUCUAUGUUUGGGCAGUAGCGGCUAAUGGCGAGGCUCUAUUUCGACGAGGAGUUUCUGAAUCCUGUCCCAUGGGAGUUUCCUGGGAACAUAUUCCUAGUGAUCAGACUCUAGUAGGAAUUUCAUGCGGUCCCAAUAGACAAGUAUGGGCAGUUGGGAAGAAUGGGUCCAGCUACUGGAGAUUUGGGAUAAAUCCCAACAAACCAACUGGUGAUUUAUGGCAGAAUGUAGAGCCACCUUCAGGAGCUCAUUUAAAGCAAAUCUCCGUAGGCAAGGAUGUAGUAUGGGCCCUAGACACAACUGGACAUUUAUCAGUGCGCCGCGAAAUUCAGUCUAAUGUUUUUCCAGAAGGAACUUAUUGGCAGACAUUACCAGCUAUGCCUAACGAUCCCAUCCAUAUCGACUCAUCGGUGCUCACGGCAAAACAAGGCUUUCGACAUGUAUCAGUGGGUCGGGAACCUGGACAAGUAUGGGCGGUGUCGGGAGCAGGAAUCAUAUGUCGAAGAAUCGGAGUGACCGAAUCAAAUCCUGCAGGAAACGGCUGGGCCACUGGUAUCGGGGCCAACUGGCAACACGUAAGCAUUGGCGGUCUUGUAAACAGAAGGUAAUAAAUUAACAACACCGGUAUCUAACUGAGAACAGUAUUUAUAUAGAAUGAUUGAUGGCUUGCCUAAUUAUAUAAUAAACAGAAUUCGUAUUUGGUGUGCCAAUUUUGCCAUUGCCAUAUCGUUGUUAUUAAUGACCUUGGUGAUACCUUCAACUCUCAUUAAAUUCUAGUCUAGAGAUGAAUUCUGUGAAUCCAUCAAUCAUAGACAUCAUUUAGAAAUUCAUCUGAACAAAAAAUACUACUCAUAAUGGAGUUGAAGUCACUUCCGGUAUAAGGCAUUAUAUUCCGAGUACUAGCUUUCUAUUGUUAUUAAUUUAUUUGAAAAAAAAAUGCUAAUGUCAUACAAUCGUAACGUUACAUUACUGUGUAUUUGAAUUCAUUAUUGAAAUAAUCCGGAAUUCGCGUGUCUAUAUUAAUUGCAAAAUAGUCAUUUAAUCGAUCAUACAAACCAAUACUCUGUGUGCUGUGUGAACUUGUAAGACGUUCCAAUAAUGUAAUUUCUGUACUAGCUUUAGUUCAUUCACGCCAUAAUGGCACUUAUAGUGUAGAGACGAAUAAAGAUUUUGUAAGUUAAUAAGUCAAAUGCAAUCGUAUUGACAGCUAUGGAAAAUAAAAAAAAGACUUACUGUGA